GUUCGAUUCAGCCGCGAUUAAUUCUAAGACCACUUUGCAGAGAUGAGUUUAGUUGCCGUUAGUAGCAGUCCUGCCUCUACCAGUGGAUACUUCGGUCAAGCUGGAGUGUAUUAUGAUGCAGGUUCACUUCCAGGAAGGCAUUCUGAAGAAGAAGAAGACACCAGUACUGAAAGUCUUCCUGAACACACAGAACAUCCUUCUAAAGCUAAAUAUUCGCAAAAUCCUUCCCUGAAAUUGCUAUGGCUGCUGGUAUCUUCGAUGAUUGCAAUAGAAGAAGGGAACUGCCAAUAUUGUCCAACACAUAACGGACUGUACCCUCACGUUGCCAAUUGUAAAUGCUAUUUUAAAUGCAUCGAUGGCGUACCAGUCCAAAAGUGGUGCCCACCAGGUCAGAAAUUUGAUGUCAUGACCAUGUCCUGCACGUUUACGUCACAUACAGUUUGCGCAGGAAGUUUGCUACAUAUGCUGCCAGCUAUAAUGUCUAAUUACCAUAAACAAGGUGGACACAUACAUCACAAGCCUCAUCAUCACAUAGGACAUCAAGGACCAAAUCAUCUACAUGUUACAGUGGCUGUAGCUAAACCUGGUCAAGGAGGAGGUGGAAUGCAAAUGCAAGGAGGAGGUGGAAUGCAAAUGCAAGGAGGAGGUGCAAUGCAAAUGCAAGGAGGAGGAGGAAUGCAAAUGCAAGGAGGUGGUGGGCAAAUGCAAGGUGGCGGAGGUCAAAUGCAAGGUGGAGGCGGAAUGCAAAUGCCUGGCGGAGGCGGAAUGCAAAUGCCAGCUAACAUGAUGCAAAUGAUGCAGAUGAUGAUGACGAUGAUGAUGAAGAAUCAAAAUCAAGGUGGUGGAGGUGGUGGAAUGAUGGGUAACAAUCAAGGCAUGAAUCAAGGUAUGAUGAACCAGAACAUGAAUCAGGGUAUGAUGAAUCAAGGUAUGAUGAACCAAGGCAUGAAUCAGGGUAUGAUGAAUCAAGGUAUGAUGAACCAAGGCAUGAAUCAAGGGAUGAUGAAUCAAGGUAUGAUGAACCAGGGGAUGAAUCAAGGCAUGAUGAAUCAAAAGAUGGCUGCUCAAAAUAUGAAUCAGAAUAUGAUGAAUCAAAACAUGAUGCAGCAAGGUAAAAAUUUUAUGUUCUAA